GCAUCGAACGAUAUUCAUUGUUCGCGAGCUCGAUACCCGGCGAAUUGUCGAAGGAAUCGCUCGCGGCGGUGCCCGUCUCUCUCAUUUCUCACACGCGACGUCACAUUGAUCGCCAAAUAUUUAAUUCUUUUUGUAGAUUGAACUAUUGUGGGGUUAGGUUCCGUUCGCACGCUAGAUCGGAAAGGGGGGUGGUGGAGCAGGGUCGGCAUAUGAUAGCGCGCGCUCUCCUCCGCAUCUCCUCCUCUCCCUAUUCCACUCGUGCGCUGCUCGCAGAAGACAACGUGCGGUCAUACCGUGCCGAUCUUCAACUCGCUCGCUCUCAACAGCGUCUCUUCUUGAUCGUCCGAUCGUACCUCUGAGGAAUCCCGCAAGGAAUCGAAGAUGCACAGACUACCUACUAUGUUGAGAGGAACGGCCCUGCGCCAAUUGCAGGCACGUACUUAUGCCAAAGAUGUGCGUUUCGGAGCAGAGGUUCGUGCCUUGAUGUUGCAGGGUGUAGACAUAUUGGCGGAUGCUGUCGCAGUGACAAUGGGUCCCAAGGGACGUAAUGUAAUCUUGGAGCAAAGCUGGGGAAGUCCAAAGAUCACGAAGGAUGGUGUGACUGUAGCAAAAGGCAUCGAACUAAAAGAUAAGUUCCAAAAUAUCGGAGCUAAAUUAGUGCAGGAUGUAGCUAAUAACACUAAUGAGGAAGCUGGAGAUGGUACUACCACUGCAACCAUAUUGGCCAGAGCAAUAGCCAAGGAAGGAUUUGAGAAGAUCAGCAAAGGUGCAAAUCCUGUAGAAAUCAGGCGUGGCGUGAUGUUGGCGGUGGAGAAAAUCAAGGAUGAAUUGAAGAUGCUGAGCAAACCCGUCACGACGCCCGAGGAAAUCGCACAAGUAGCGACGAUAUCCGCCAACGGCGACCAAGCUGUCGGUAACUUGAUCUCCGACGCCAUGAAGAAGGUCGGCAAAGAAGGUGUAAUCACGGUGAAGGACGGCAAGACGCUCAACGACGAGUUAGAGAUUAUUGAGGGAAUGAAGUUCGACCGAGGCUACAUCUCCCCGUACUUCAUCAACUCCAGCAAAGGCGCCAAAGUCGAGUUUCAAGAUGCGCUGCUUCUCUUCAGCGAGAAGAAGAUCUCGUCCGUGCAGAACAUCAUCCCCGCCUUGGAGCUGGCCAACGCGCAACGCAAACCUCUUGUCAUAAUCGCCGAGGACGUGGAUGGCGAGGCUUUGUCCACGCUCGUUGUCAAUCGGUUGAAGAUCGGACUGCAGGUGGCUGCAGUUAAGGCACCCGGCUUUGGCGACAAUAGGAAAGCCACUCUCCAAGACAUGGCAAUAUCCACCGGUGGCAUAGUCUUCGGCGAUGACGCCAAUCUCAUCAAACUGGAAGACGUUCAGGCGAGCGACUUGGGUCAAGUGGGAGAACUUAUCAUCACAAAAGACGACACUCUCAUCUUGAAGGGCAAAGGGAAGAAGGCUGAUAUUGAUAGGAGAGCCGAUCAGAUUAGGGAUCAGAUCGAGAACACCACGUCUGAAUACGAAAAGGAGAAGCUGCAAGAACGCCUGGCUAGAUUAGCGUCCGGAGUGGCGGUCCUCAGGGUUGGCGGUAGCAGCGAAGUGGAAGUAAACGAGAAGAAGGACCGCGUGCACGACGCGCUCAACGCUACUCGCGCCGCCGUCGAGGAGGGCAUUGUACCCGGAGGUGGUACCGCUCUCUUGAGAUGCUUGCCGGCGCUGCGACAGCUGAAGGCGAUCAAUUCCGACCAGGAGACCGGAAUCAAGAUCGUGGCGAAUGCGUUGCGCAUGCCGUGCUUGCAGAUCGCGCAGAACGCCGGUGUCGACGCCAGUCUCGUGGUAGCUAAAGUGAGCGAAGGCAAGCUUGGCUAUGACGCGCUCAAAGACGAAUACGUCGACAUGAUCGAGACGGGUAUUAUCGAUCCCACGAAGGUCGUGCGCACGGCACUCACCGAUGCUGCGGGCGUAGCGUCACUGCUCACGACGGCGGAGGCGGUUGUUACGGAAAUGCCGAAGGAGGAGUCGCAGUCACCGAUGGGCGGUAUGGGUGGUAUGGGCGGUAUGGGCGGCAUGGGUGGUAUGGGCGGCAUGGGCAUGUAAGAACAUAGGCAGGAAGAUACACGCUAGAACAGCGUAAAGACUGAGAAGAGAGAACCACGGUUACGCUGUGCGACGUUGUUCUGAGAAAGGGAAAAAAAAAAGACAAAGCGCUGGACAAUAGUGUUCUGUUCGAAUAGGAACCGAUUUCUCGCGAGCGUAGUUUAUUGACUUGGAAGCAUUGCAAACAGGCGAUAACAAGGCACGCACGUGCGACACGUAUAGUCGAUCGAUGAUCCAGUCUUUAUGAUAAGACAUCGUUCUCAUGUUUGUUUUGUCCUAUACGGCAUUACGCGUUAUGAACUAUGUCGUACUACCGAUUUAUUCUUUUUCAUUUAAAAAACCAUGCGUAUGUAGUGCAUACACACCGGUGUUUCGAAUAGAUGCAUUUAAUGUAAAAAUACAUUUCGCCGUGUGAUAUAAACUUGUUAAUAUGUUUAUACAGAUGGUUACAGUAUGUGAAUUAACCAAUUACAGUAACAAUUUCUAAAUAAAUUUCAAUUAUUUUA